AUGAAAUGCGAAGAGAGAAGGAGUUUUAACGACUCAAAUGUGAACUGCAAAAGUGGUGGAAGCAGUUGGAAUAGUCACAACGAUGUGAUGCAGGGUCGUGCAGACAGCAUCUCCAAGAAGAAAAGCAAAGGUGAAAAGGGUCAUGACGUUCAUCAGGGCAAAAGUAAAAGCUGCUCGUCUUCUAAUAGUAGGUCCAAAAUUGACACCACGAGGAUGAACGAGAAAAAGGAUGGCAUUAAAAAUGUGAAAACGUUUAAAAGCAACACGAGCGACUUGUUGAAGCACAAGGGUUCUAACUCAAGGGACAGCGUCAAGUCGUAUAGUACGAAAAGUGAAAAAGGAGGAAGUGGGAGUAGCGUUAGCGUUGGAGGAGCCACGGACGAUAGCCAAAGGGAUAAGUCCUCCCACUCCAGCGUUGACAAGAGGAAGAAGGAUAGUUCGAACGAAAAGCACGACGUUAAGGUACAUAAUAAAUUAAUUUUUAAGAACAGUAAAUACAAAAGUGUUAACAGUAGCAGUGGCACUUCCACCACCAACAAUAGUAGCAUCAGUGCUAGCAGAGGUGGUGAUGAGAAGAACAAAAUGAGUGUUCAUUCAUCUGUUAUGAAAAAGGAGGGCAUAAAAAGUCACACCUUCAAUAGUAGCCAUGCGGCUAGUAACAGUAGCACGAAGGGCGGCUCAACAAAGAAUGACGCGCCGAAGAGCGCCCCGGCGAAGGGUCUUGCACCCAAAAGCUCCUCAAAAAGUUCCUCCGCGAAAAGCACCCCCUUGAAGAGCGGCCCCUCCAAAAAUGCUGCUUAUAAGAAUGCCGCUUCCAAAAAUGCCGCGUCUAAGCAUGUCACUUCUAAGAAUGCCGCUUCUAAAAAUGCAAGUCAGGAAAGCCUGAACAGCGAACAUGUGAAGAAGCAGAAAAGAGGCUCUACAACAUCCAGCAGCAGCAGAGUAGCUCAAAGGAGUAACGAUGAGGUGAGCGAGCUGAUGAGCAGUCACACGGCUAGUUCGAAGGAGGAAGGGACCACGGUUAGUAGAAGUGUCGCUGAUGCGAAGAAAAAGGUGAAAUCGGAUAGGGGCCAAAGAACAGAAAAGGAGAAGGGCAACAAGAGUGUAAGCGAAAGCGACAAUGAAGCAUGUAGGCAAAAAAGCUCGAAGAAGAAAAGUGGCGCAAACAGUAAGGAAAAUAAGUCCCUGAAGAAUAACCCCGCGAAAGGUACUAAAUCGGGAGCAGUUGAAACGGCCACCAGGAAAGAUGUCUCAAGGAAGGGUUCAUCGGAUCAAAAAAAAAAAGAGCACAAUGGUAGGAGCAGCUCGAGGAAGGAUCGUAGAGCAGACUCGAAAUCGAGUAAAAGCAAAGGCAGGGAUGGACGCAAAGGUGCAAAGUAUAAGGAAGAGGAAGAGGAGGACGAUACUGAGGAGGAUCAGAGUGAAAUGGAAGAAAAUGAAGAAGAGAACAGUGACGAUGACGACGAUGAUAAUGAUAACGAUGAAGGGGAGGAUGAGGAUGAGGCGGAAGAGGACGAGGAUGAGGAAGACGACGAGGACGAUGAUGAGGACGAGGAGGAUGAAGAUGAGGAUGAAGAUGAGGAGGACGAGGAGGAGGACGUGGAGGAGGAAGAAGAUGAAAAGGACCCAAAGAAAAGACGGUCAUCUAAGCAGGUCGCCAAGGACAACGUGAAGAAGAAAAAAAAAAGGAGAACGUCCUUGAGCUUGAAGAAGAGGAAGCGGAAUCCCCCCAAGGGAAGCCAGGAUGAUGGAAACAAGAGCCGUAGUAAGAGUGGAGGCAAAAUGGUCCACAAGAGCAUUAGCAAAGGCAUUAGCAAAGGCAGCAGCAAAGGUAGUAACAAAGGGGGUACUAGCAAGGGAAGCAGCAAGAAGACCGUGAAGAACGAACAGAAGAAAAGCAACAGUGGUAGGAACAAGGUAAAAAGUGGAAGCGCAUCUGACAAAGAUGAAGAAGAGGAAGAAAACUCCUAUUUUGACGAUAACGAUUAUUCCGUGGCUGCCAGGAAAAGUGUUCUCGAGGAAAGAGAAAGGAAAAGAAAUAUAAAGGAGAGUUACAUUAAACAAAUGAAGCUGCCCACCUAUGUAGAUGAUGAGUCGAUUCUCUUUAUUAACAAUCCUAAUUACGUAAUGGUGUUGCUCUUCCUAACGGUUUACAAAGAUGUGCUCAAAAUGAGUUGGAACUUCAAGGACAUUGAUGAUAUGUUUCAAAAUAAGGAGACAACUGAAUUUGGAAGAAAUUUUAUUUUAAAAUUAUUUUUUUUUCUCGGACGGUACUUUAACUCCAAGUCCAUAUUUAUGUACAGGUACAUCUCUCGUAUUUUUGAGGACAAGCAGGCUUCUCUGGUGAGGGUGGUAAAUUUUAAUGAGCUUUUCCCUGUAAUGGAGAAUAGAAGGGAGAAGAAGAGCAAGUCGGGUGGUGGUGGAGGCACGUCUGGUGGGGGGAGCAGUUCCAAGAAGAAGAAAAAGAGUGACAAAAAGAAGAACAAGAAGAAGGUGAAGGCGGAGGAGGACGUCAAGGUGGAGGAGCUCUUCGAUGAGGGGAAUGACGACGGGAAUGAUGAUGGGAAUGAGGACGGGAAUGAGGACGGGAAUGAGGACGGGAAUGACGACGGGAAUGACGACGCGAAUGACGACGCCAACGAGGACGGGAAUGAGUUCGAGGAGGAGGACGAGGAAAAUGAAAGCGACAAUGAGAAUGAAGCGGACGAGGCGCUCGACGGGGAGGACGCGGAAGACCGCUCCUCGAACGAAGCGAAUGGCGAGGGUAAGAAAUCGAGCAGCCACGCCAAAGUGGAGCAGUCAUCAUCAGCCGAGCUGGCAGAUCAGGACAAGUCCCACGGGGACAGGAGUCUCGAAGCAGAGGGGGAGAACAAGGACACCGCGGCAACUGUAGACGGGGCAUCCAUCUUAAGAAGCGACCACCCAGGUGGAAGUGUGACCCAAGAAGAAGCUCCCACAUCUGCUCCUACCAACAGUAAUGCGGUCGGGGUGAUUGAAAAGGAUGGCACGGGUGGCAAUCAACAUUGUGACCAGCUGACGGACGGAGUGAAGCAUGAAGAAUUACAAGACGACAAGGGAUUGAGCAAGAAAUUAUUUCUCGAGUGGGAUGACCUGAGUGUGAUUUCAAAACUGAGAAUCAUAAGAAUGCUUUUGAAUUUAGUCUUAUGUGAAAGUAUUAAUUUAAAAAAAAUGCUAACAGAAGAAAAAGUCGACUACAACAAUGGCUAUUUGGGUAAAAUAAAUAAUGAAAAGUAUUGGUUAAUUUUUAAUGACACUAUAAGUAUUGAAUUUAAAUUAUAUGUGGAAAAGGAGGAGAAAGGAACUUUUGAAUUCCUGUGUGAUGAUGAUGAUGUGUUGUAUAAUAUAGGAUACAAUCUGUUGAAGGAUGUGGAGACCAAGGCAAUGGGAGAGACCAUCAUUGAAAGGUAUAAUAAGAUAUGCAGGGAGAGAAGAAAUAGAAGUAGAAUAUUGAAGCAGCAGAAGAAAUUGUGUUCAGAUUUUAACCUGGAUGGUGGUUCUGUGCUAAUUUCUAAGAAGAGGCAACAUAAGCAAGUGGAGCAUUUCAAUUUUGAUCACGAUAAAAUGAGGAGGAAAAGGAAUGAUGGUGGGAAUAUGUAUGGAGGUGCUGGUGGUAGCUAUGGCUCUGGUGUGAAUGCGAACAAUCCAUAUGCGCUACAAAAAAAUAAUUACCAGAAGAAUGAUCGUUCGUUUAGAUUAGCAGCUAGGAAUGCGCAAAAGGGUAAUGGACUUGUGGGGCCGUUGGAGGGGGUAGAAAAUGAGGACUACUUACAAAGUGGAACUGCUGCUGUUGGUGUGGGAGCAGCGGACGGUGCUCUGUUGAAUAGUGUUGGUGGCACGCUGAACACUUUGCCCGGUGCGAAUGGAGCUGCGCUGGGCACGGCAGGUGUUGUGGUGAAGGUGCCUCAGAAGAGAGGUAGGAAGAAAAAAUCUGAGAAGAAAAAAAGAGGAAGAAAGAAGAAAAUUUUAACACAAGGGGGAGUGCCCCUUGGAGGUGAGGGAGCAGGAGCGCUAGCCGGGUUGGUCUCCGAUCCCAAUAAUCCACUGGGUGGUGUAGGCCAAGUGAAGGAGGCGAAGAAGGCCACUGGUACGUCCACCAGGGGAAGGAAAACUACAUACAAUAAAAGAAAUACGAAGCCAGCUGUGUCCAUUAAGUACGGAACGAGAAGUCACUCUAUAAGUAAAAACAGAAGUGAGGCAAUUCCCUUUAAUGACUUUGCUCUGGGUCAUGGAGUAAACUCCGAACCCCUUUACAAAAAUGGAAAUAUGGAUUCAAAAUAUUUUAACCCUAGUAUGCAUGUGAAUAAUUUUAUGACCCCUAAUAUGAACAGCCCAUAUGGCAUGCAGACUAAUGUGCUUAACAUGAGAGGGAACAAAAUGGAUGGUCCCCCUGGCAGUUAUAAUUUUCCUUACAUGUACAAUCCACAGCUCUAUGGCCAAUACUACAUGUACAAUGGGAACAUGUAUAUGCUGAAUAAUGCUGGUGGUGGAGGUGGGGGUGGUGGUAUGUUUAGUCAAGGCAGUGGUGGUGCGCAAGGUGGCACUGCAAAGGAGAUAAAGAGCGAGGGUGCUGCUUUUAUGGCAAAGGGGGGAGGAGUGUCUGGUGGAGGUGGGGCGACGAUUAGCAAUGCAGGCAAUUUGAACAAGAGCAACAUGGGUCCUGGUGGUAGUGGGGGAAGCAAGGGCACCGUGAGUGUAAACAACCCGGAGGGCGAAGGGCCCAAUGAGAUGAGUGGUGCAAGUGGGGUAGGAGGUCAGAUCAGCUCUGCGAUGAAUUCUUCCAUGAGCUCUUCCAUGACCAGUCCCAUGACCAGCCCCAUGAACAUGAUGAACUCGGUAAGCGCAGGCGAUGGGGGACUCAGUGGAAGCAUGAGCGGCGGCAUGAAUUACAUGGACCCCAUGAACAAGUACCAGCCAUAUGUGUUAAACAGAAAUGCCAUGAACAACCUACCAUCCAACCCCAUGUACAAUAACAUGUAUAAUUUAAAAUUUCCCUACAUGAAUAAUGAUAUGCUGAAUUAUAAUUAUAAUAUGAGCAAUUUUCAAAAUUUGAGUUAUGAAAAAAUGAAUAAGGUAGGAGGAGGAGGGGGACCCGGACCCGGACCCGGACCUGGACCUGGACCAGGAACACCAGGAGGAGGACCACCAGGAAUGUUCAAGAGGUAUCCUAAUUUCAUGGGUGGUGGAGGUUUCCCACCCCCCUACAAUAACAUGAACAACCCUUAUGCUAACUUCAAUGCGUAUAAUAUGGGUUACCAGAGGACUGAAGGUUACGGUUCUAUGCCUGCAGGAGGGGCUACAACUUCAACAUCUGCUUCAGGGACAGGAUCCUUUAAGAACAAACUGGUAGAUAUGAACAACCCUAGCGAGGGUAGUGGUGGAACGCCCGUAUCUUCAGCUGGUGGGGUAAGCGGUUAUCAUAUGGCAAAUGUAAAAAACCAAAGGGGUAACAAUGACAUGCACGGCGCGGCUCCAACCCAGGACAAGUCAGCACAGUUGGGCUCAUCAGGUGUGGUAGUACCGUCUGGUGUUAAUUGCGCACCGGGUGAGGGAAACCAGAAGGGAGAGACAGGUAGAAUGGACCACAUAGUGAACAACUACAUGAUGAUGCACCCAGGGGGUAGCGCCGAUAUAGAUCCUGCUAAUAAUGCAACGAAUAACAAUUCAAUGGCUACCUUAGAAAACAGUGCUGUUCAGAAUGGCCUGAACGGUUCAGGCGGGUAG